AAAUUUGACGAGUUUUCGCCAGAAUUUUGCUGGAUUUUCACAAAACUUCCUGUAUUUUCAGCCCAAAAAUGUCUGAAAUCUCCAUAAAACGUGCACAUGAAAACGAAAAAGAUGCAGAGGAAGAUAUGGAGCCAGCAACUAAAAAAAUUAAAUCUGAUGACGUCACAGAGGAGCAGGAGAAGCCUGAAAUUGUGGAGAAAGCUGAAAAAGUGAAGAGCAUGAAAAAGGAAGAAGCUGGCAGCCUGAAAUCACCACCCAACGAUGAAAUGGAGUCAGAAUUCACACAUGUGCUCAAUGAGCUCUCAAAACAGAAAGAGACUAUCAAAAAACUGCUGGACGAUUUGAGAGCGGACAAUAAGAAAAGGAAGACACACAAUAUUAGAACGAUUUUCCAGAGAAAAGAUUGAAAAUUUACUUUUUUUUUGACUAUAAAUAUUUAUUUUGCAUA